GAGAGAAAACACUGGCAGGGAUGUGCUCACAAGAAUACUCGCUGGAGUCCAGUACCUGGCGGAAACGAAUUCGGCCUUUCGUGGCUCUUCAUCCACUCUGUACGAACGAGACAACGGGAAUUUCCUGAAACUCAUGGAAAUGCUGGCUACGUUUGACCCUCCGAUGAGAGAACACCUCCGUCGCGUCAGAGACAAGAAAACUCACGUUCACUACAUGGGGCCAGAAAUACAAAACGAGAUGAUUUCGUUGAUCGGAACGGCAACAAAGGAGAAAAUUUUGGAAGAAGUGCGAGCUGCGAAAUAUUUUGGCAUCAUCCUGGAUUGCACGCCUGAUAUUAGCCACCAGGAACAAAUGACGUUGGUACUCCGCUACGUCGAUAUGACCGGUAUUCCAAAUAUUGUUGAGCGGUUUGUUGAAUUUUUAAAGGUAGAUGACUCGUCGGGUGAGGGUUUGACGGAUGAGCUGAUAAAUGCUUUGGAGAAAAAUAAUUUAGAAAUUAUGGACGCUAGAGCUCAGGAUUACGAUAAUGGAUCCAACAUGAAGGGCAAAGAGAAGGGCGUUCAGACCAGGGUUAAAAAAAUAAACAAACGAGCAAUGCACGUGUCGUGUUGUGCUCAUAGUUUGAACUUGGUACUUUGUGAGAUGGCUUCAUGCCACAAAGAGGCAAUGACUUUUUUUGGAGUUAUUCAGCGUCUGUACACUUUAGUUUCUGCUUCGACGAAAAGGUGGGACAUUUUCAAGGUUUAUUGUACCAAUCUAACAUUGAAACCCUUGUCAGAUACUCGGUGGGAAAGUCAUGUCGAGAGUGUCAAGACCGUAAGAUUUCAACUGGGCAACGUUUGUAGUGCUUUGGAAUAAAUAGCUGAGACUACUAGUGAUCCUGCUGUUAGGUCUGAGGCUUUGUCUCUUGUAGAGCACUCCCUAAAAUCGCUCGAAUUUGUGUUAGGGCUUGUUCUUUGGUAUGACUUAUUGCAAGCUGUCAAUCUCGUUAGCAAGACGUUACAAGCGGUCGAUUCAACUCUAGAUACGACAUUGCAGCAUCUGCAGGGCCUUAAGUCUUUCAUUCAAGAUUAUCGAGAAAACGGUUUUAAAAAGGCGCUCACAACCGCGAGGGAACUUGUAGAAUCUUUAGGCUGCGAGUCAGAGUUCAAAGUGCCUCGAAUCAGGAGGCCUAAACCUCAACUUGGGCAAAAGCGUACCAGAGAACCUAAUCGGUCGGAGGAAGUUAGUCAUCAAGAGUUGCAGGAUGAAGCAGAGGAGAAAUUUAGGAUAGGAUAUUUUAUACCUAUUCUUGACGUUGCCUUAACUAG